AUGACUGAAGAACGACACAUCUUUUCCGUACUUGUUGAAAAUCGCUUCGGAGUCCUCGCGCGAAUUGCGGGGCUGUUCAGUGGGCGUGGAUAUAACAUUGACAGCCUCAAUGUCGCUGAAACUGAUGAUCCGGAUGUUUCACACAUGACAAUUGUUACACAUGGGGACGCGCAGAUCAUUGAGCAGAUUUACAAGCACCUGAACAAGCUGAUUGAUGUAAUCAAGGUGAUAGAUCUUACCGUUGAAAAUCAUGUCGAGCGAGAUCUCGUACUGAUUAAAGUCUACGCCGAGCCACAGCGCCGCGGGGAAAUUCUCCAAAUUGUGGAGAUCUUCCGCGCCCAUACGGUUGAUGUCGGUCCCGAUUCCCUAAUCAUCGAAGUGACUGGCGACGAAGGGAAGUUGAAGGCGGUGGUUGAUCUGCUACGUCCCUACGGCAUUCAAGAACUUGCCCGCACCGAUUUUGAUUUACUCAAAGAACGAACGGUUGCUGUUAUCGGCUAUGGCAGCCAAGGACGCGCACAAGCGUUGAAUCUCAAGGAUAGCGGCGCAAACGUUGUCCUCGGGCUGCGACCCGGCAGCCGUUCCCAACCGGCAGCAGAAUCGGAAGGAUUGACGGUAAAAAGUAUUGACGAAGCUGUUGCUGAAGCAGAUGUCGUUCAGAUUCUCAUCCCGGAUGAACAGCAUGGGGCGGUGUAUCGAAAUCAGAUCGAGCCGAAUCUACAGGCAGGCAACAUGGUGAUGGUUUCGCACGGUUUCAGCAUCCAUUUCGGUCAGAUUGUUCCAGUCAGCGACAUUGACGUGGCGAUGAUUGCACCGAAGGGACCGGGGCUACUCGUGCGACAAGUCUUUGAAGAAGGCGGCGGUGUGCCGUGCCUUAUUGCUAUCCAGCAGGAUGUAACGGGACAUGCCAGAGACAUCGCACUCGCGUAUGCGAAGGGAAUCGGCGGUGCGCGGGCUGGUAUCAUUGAGACCACCUUCCGUGAGGAGACGGAAACCGAUCUCUUCGGCGAACAAGCGGUGCUUUGUGGCGGGACUACCGCCCUGAUUAAGGCUGCUUUUGAUACCCUCGUCGAGGCCGGCUACCAACCAGAGAUGGCGUUUUUUGAGUGUUUGCAUGAGUUGAAGCUGAUUGUAGAUCUGAUCUACACAGGCGGCCUCAGCAAGAUGCGCAAUGAUGUUAGCAACACAGCGGAAUUCGGCGAUCUCACCCGCGGUCCUCGUGUCAUUGAUGAAGGCGUCCGAGAGCGCAUGCGGACAAUUCUUAAAGAGGUGCAGAAUGGGGAAUUUGCAAGGGAGUGGGUACUGGAAAAUCAGGCGAACCAACCCGUGCUACAAGCCCUCCGUCGUCGAGAGUCGGAGCUGCAGAUCGAAAAGGUAGGGAAGGACCUACGGAGCAUGAUGAGUUGGCUUGAGGAGUAG